UGGAAAUGUCGCUUAGUCUAGUGCAGCCGGCCACGGGCCGGUUCAGGUGCUUUUCCUCAACUGCGUUGAGCCCUUCCCUGUCAACAACACGUCGAUUGUUUCUUCCUCAUCUUCUACUCCUCUCCUUCUUCUUCCUCUAUCACCACCCUCCAGACACGUACUGUCUUUCUAAAUAUUCCUUGUUUCGAACACUCUCUUUGAUCGUACAAAACCUUUCACAAGUGCUUACCACCCGUCGAGGGUUGCUGGCGCCAUGUUCUCAGUUUUCCUCCUCUAUUUGCAGCUUUUGCUGUUCAAAAUUCUGUACUACAUCCGCGGCCAUGACAAGAACCUUAUCACCAAGUCCGCUGCUUUUGCUCACUUAUCUGAGCCCAACAUGAAGCUCGAGGCUCCGGAGUGCGGGUUACCCGGAUGUAGCCUCCUCGAACAUCACACUUAUCUCGACCUCGAAAAAGGAGGAAGAUUUCCUCACCUUCGCUGGACGAUGCCUCGUUCCGGUGAAGCCAAAGAGUUUGUGCUGAUUUGUGAGGAUCCCGACGUCCCUAUCCCGUCUAUGGUUUUUGUCCACGGCCUGUUCUUCGAGAUUCCACCUACUUGCUUUGUCGCAUAUGAUGACGACGUUGACAAGAAUCCUAAUAUGCCUGGCCGCGUCACCUUUGCUGGUUGGAGAUACGUGCCUAACCUGCUGGGCUCUUCCUACAUUGGUGCCUCGCCUCCUUACGGCCACGGAUACCAUCGCUACAUCUUCACCAUCGUGGCGCUGAGCGAGCCCCUCGACAUUGCUCAGCCUGACAAAGCGACCAUCUCAGUUAUCAAGGAAGCCAUGGUUGGAAAAGUGAUCGGCUGGGGCGAAUGGUUGGGCACCUUUCAGCGCCACACGCCUCGCUAACUCGCAAAGCUGCCCCUUUGCCAUGUCUCUUCGGUUUGUCUCUUAAUGCGAGUUCUUACUUUCGACACGCCUUUGGUUCACGCCUAGGAUUGAUUACGGACAGCUCGUUGGGAUGAGAUCUGGAUAGGAUGUGGCGGAUGCAUUGGCCUUCCUCGGACUGGUCUUCCUUGGAGUGGUCUUCUCUGAACUGGUCUUGUGACUGGUCCUCGUGUGUUUUUCC